GCAUUUUGGUGUAUCCUCUUAAAAUCACAAUCACAUAAUGUUCAAACCCAACAUUCUUUAAAAAGAAAAGCACAAACUAAUGCUGAAUGGCCUUCAAGUGAUAUAAAUUUUCAUGAACCAAAAUAAAAAAGAAACUUGUUAACAGUUCUAGAUCACUAAACUGUAAUUUCUAAUUUUACCCCUUUAAAGCAUCAACCAGAAACCUAACACAUGCGUCCUCCUCUAAAAAAGUAAAAAACAAACGUCAUCCAUCCCCACAAUAAGUUAUGCAUAUGGUUUUAUUUGGAAAGCAAACAUCAAAAUUCAUUCACCUUUUUCCUGGCAUUUCAGAAAAACCAAAAUGAUAACUGAGUUUUCCUUAUUUUGUCUCUACUUUUAGUUGUGUGACCUAAAUCAAGUUACCUAACCUUUCUGAAUCUCAAUAUCUUUACCUGAGAAAAGGGCAUAAUAAUAUCAUCUACCUCACUGGUAGUUUGAUUGUUGUGGGGAUUAAAUGAGUUAAUACAAGUAAUUUGUUCCUUAGAACCAUGCCUGAAACCACGGGAAACAUUCAUGAAAUUUUAGCUCUAUUAUUACAAGUGUAUCAAGAUAAAAAAUGUACCUACAUCUAAUUUGUGUUAGUUUUGGUAUAGUUCUGUGAUGUGGCUUGAUUUGCUUGUCAUGCUAAGAAGGUGGGCUCUCUAGGUUCCAUUUAUAGCCAGUAUAUGCUGAAUGGUGAUUGUGCUCUAUACUUUUAUUUGAACCCUUCUGUCUAUGGGAUGGGCCUUAGGCUCUGUCCCCAUUCUGGCAUGUGUUAGACUUGGGAAAAUUAAUUAAUGUUUCUAAGUUCCAGUUUCUUUAUUGAUAAAAUGGGGAACAACAGUACAUAUCUCACAGGGUUGCUUCAAUGGUUAAAUGAAAUAAUGCAUAUAUAAAGCCCUUAGCACAAUGUGAGACUCAGAACAGCCUCAACCAAGGUUCUCUGGUACAUUUAAAAAGUAAGAGACUCUCCAUCUACAAUAAUAUUUAUAUUGGUUACAGAAUAUACAUUGUUGAGGAAAUGAGCCAACAGAUACAAUGAUGGGAGAAGGAAUUCUGCAAGGCAGGAUAGAGUGAAAGGACAAUAUACCUCAUCUCACAGAUAUGGGGGUGGGGAAUAAGUAUAAUGUGUGUAAAAGGCAGGAGAGUAUGAUAGUAAAAGGCUUGGAAAUGGAGUUGGAUAAACCUGGGUCUGAAUUCAGGCACUUCACCAACUGUUGGGGCCUUGGUUAGGUUAUCAAAUCUUUUGAACCAGUUUCCUCAGAAUUGGGGUUAAUAAGGUUGCUAUGGGAUUGAAUGAGAAAAUGUAAAGUGCUUCCCACUGAGCCUAGGUCAUAAAAUAACUCAAUGAAUAGUAACCACAGUUAUUCUUAAUUAUUUGUAAAGAAAUAUUUUCUGCACAAGGUCCUUGAGCACCUCAUUAGGACAACCCUUUUAAGCAUUCUAGUUUCUAUGCCUACAGAAAAGAGGUAGUAAGUUGAAGUCAGGACAGAAAUAGGAAGUGAAUUAGUUCAGGACUGGGGCAUGGGGAAGAAAGGGUUAGGGCAAGUAUCUUUGAAUUGGUUGGUUAAAACAGCAUGCACUCUUAGGGUGACUGCCAAGCAUAAGCCCUGAGACUCCGUCCAGCUUCUUGCUUCAUCUUCUUAAGCUCUUGGAGAGGAGGAAACAGAGCUGUGGUGAAGUGGGCCCUGCUUUGCCCCUCCUUCACCACAUGGGGGAGCACGUAGGCGCGUAGAUACGGGCAUUGUGACCUCAUCACUAUGACGCAGUGACUGUGCAAGGGGGUUAGACGGUAACAGUCCUCCGGGGUCAUUUUAUUUUUCCCCUCACUCAGGGCUUGUUGAUGGGGAAGGGCCAGAUGACAACCUGAAACAGCCAAGUCUACAGCUGUGAUUGCUGGUGAGGUCAACUCCAGCAAAUCGGAGGCAUCAAUAAUCUUCUUCCGGUAGCCCUCCUUUAUUUCUCCCAUUCUCAUCUUGAUAUAGGUCUACCUUGAAGUACGAAUCGAGUUGAGAAAAACCAGAAACAUCCUAUAGCCUCCUGCCACAGCACUGUAGUCAAGGGCUCCUGUUCCAUCGAGAGACUUAGUCAUUGGUCAACCAGUUCUCAGCCAACCAUUCUGAAGUCAACCAGUCCUCAAAACAACCAGGCACGAAUCAACUGGGCAUGAACCAAUCAGGCAUGAACCAAUCAAGCUUACCACGUAUGAAUCAACCAGGCACCAGCCAGCCAGGCACAAGUUUACUUGGUAUGAACCAACUGGACAUGAACCAACCAAGCACAAGCCUACCCAACACCCACCAACUGGGCAUGAAACAACCGGGCAUGAGCCAAUCAGGAAUGAGGCAACCAGGUAUGAACCAAUUAGGCCUGAGCCAACCAGGCCCAAGCCAAUCAGUCCUCUGGCAACAAGUCAUGUGCCAAUCAUGCAUGAACCUGUCAAGAAAGAGUCAACAGCAACCAUGCCCGAGUCAAGCCGGCACAAGUCAACCAGGUAGGAAGCAACCAGGCCCCAACUACUCAGGCCUGAGUGAUCCAGGCAUGAGGCAACCAUGCCCAAGCCAACCCAGCACAAGCCAACGAGGCAUGAGGCAACCAGUCCCGAGCCAACCCAGCACAAGUCAAUCAAGCGUGAGUCAACUAUGCCUGAGUCCACUAGACUGGAGCCAAUCAAGCACGAGUCAAACAGGCCAAAGCCAAUCAAGCAUGAGUCAACUAGGCCUGAGUUCACUAGAGUGGAGCCAAUCAAGCAUGAGUCAGCCAGGCUCAAGCCAAUCAGGCCUGAGUCAACAAGGCCCAAGCCAAUCAGGCACAAGGCAAACAAGCAGGAGCCAACCAGGCCUGAGCCAACCAGGCCUGAGCCAACCAGGUCCGAGCCAACCAGGUCCGAGCCAAGCAGGCGCGAGGCUAUCAGCCUCCCGGGAACCAGGCAUGAAUUCUUUCCGAAUAAGACCUGCGGAGGCUCGAGACUGCCCAGAAAUCCUGCGCCUAAUUAAAGAAUUGGCUGCCUGUGAAAACAUGCUAGAUGCAGUGAAGUUAACAGCAAUGGAUUUACUCAGGGAUGGCUUUGGGGACAGGCCCCUUUUCUACUGCCUGAUUGCAGAAGUACCAACAAAACGAAGUCAACAAAGACCAUUAGGAAAAGUAACCGUUGGGUUUGCCAUGUACUACUUUACCUACGACCCCUGGAUUGGCAAAUUGCUUUACUUAGAGGACUUUUAUGUCACAGAAGCUUACCGAGGUCUAGGUAUUGGAGCUGAAAUGUUGAAGAGGCUAAGUCAGAUAGCCAUCAUAAGCCAAUGUAACUGCAUGCACUUCCUUGUCGUCAUUUGGAACCAGGCGUCUACUGAUUACUACACUCGUCGAGGGGCUUUAGACCUUUCCUCCGAGGAGGGCUGGCAUCUGUUCAGAUUUAACAGAAAAGAACUCAUGGAAAUGGCAUGGGAAGAGUGAAAGAGGACUCAUCAUAACUUGUCCCAACAACAGAGGCUCCAACAUUUGAAUGUCACCUGAGCCCUACAGCAGUUUGACUUUAAGUGUUGUACAAUACAGCAAGUGACCAAACUCUGGUUUGAGAUCUCUUACUUUGAAACAGAUUUUGCAGAUACAGUCAACUCUCCAUUAUCCAAACUAAUGUACUAAUGUGUUGUAGCUGAGCUGAUGAUCCAAAAGAGUAGAGAAUUCAAAAAUCACUUAUACUUAGCUUUAGGAUAUUUAUUUUUUUACCUACCAUCUCUCACUAAAUUUAAGAUGAUUAUAUUUUCACAUCUUAACAUGUCUGAAAUUGGGAUAAGUAUAAUGAUCAACUGGCAGUACUUUUUUCUUAGAGGUAAAUAACGUGUCUUAGAUUUGAUGAAAAAUGAGUGUGUUUGGUUAUAAACAGAGCUGAGGUACCAAAAAUUUACUUAAAAUACUGAAGCCAAAUUUUGAAGAGCUUACUUAUGAAAAACUAGUA